AUGGGACUGUCCAGGGACCUCAACGGACUGCUGGUCAUCCCGCAGGACAGUCCUGGGGACAGCCUCACUGCGUACCUGCAAGGCUACUGGUGUCUACUGGAGACCCCGAGAGCUGCGCGCCUUCUGGGGUUGGAUGUCGGCCUGGCAGCUCUGGGCAGCAGCUGCGUCACCCUGCACAUGAAGAACGGCCACGCAGCAGACGUGACACAGGAACACCUUCCAAGUUUCAUUGCUGAUGGCUCACUGGGCAUUCCCACGCCUACCCAAUGCUCCAUGGCUCGCUUCUGGUUCGAGCAAGGGCGGAGGGACAAACGCGCCAGGCAGACAGAGCUUAAGAGAGAAGUUUUAUUAGAAAAGGGAGGGAGGCGCCGGCCUCCGGGUCUGAGAAGAGCGGGAGGAGGUGGCAGCCUCGGGAAGACGUCUCGAUCCGGCUCGACCUCCGGCUCGGGCUCGCGCACUAGCACAGGCUCAAGCAGCGGCUCUAGCUCCUCCUCUGCACCCGGCCGCUCAGGGGGCUCCAGCACCUCCCGAAGCUCCAGUUUCUGGCAGCUCUUCCGGCUCCCCAAGCCCUUCUCGGCGCGCAGACGUGACAUCAGGAGGCGUUCCCGCUCCAAAUCCAAACCACCCAAAAGAGAUGAAAAGGAGAGGAAAAGGCGGAGCCCUUCACCCAAACCCACCAAAGUGCUCAUUGGGAGGCUUUCCAGCAAUGCGACCAAGGAUCAUAUCCUGGAAAUGUUUCCUACUUACGGGAAAAUUAAAAUGAUUGACAUGCCCGUGGGAAGGAUGCAUCCCCUUCUAUCCAAAGGCUACGCAUAUGCGGCGUUUGAGGACCCAGAAGAAGCAGAGAAGGCACUGAAACCCAUGGAUGGAGGACAAACCGAUGACCCAGAGAUCACCGCUGCUGCUGGGUUGGCACCCUGGCCCCCGCCACCCCCUCGGGGAUUCGGCCCACCCAGGAGAAUGCUUCCGCGGCCUCCCAGGUGGCGCAGGUCGCCCCCACGGAUGAGGAGGAGGUCUCCAUCCCCAAGGCGCAGGUCCCCUGUGCGUAGGAAGUCUGGCUCUCCCCGCCACCGCCGCCACUGGAGCCGCUCCAGCUCUAACUCCUCCGGAUAAGCAGGGACAUCGGCUCGUAGCUCGGUAACUUACGUUCCCCCAGCUCAGUUUUGUCCUUUCUCUAGCCAAAUGCGGAUCCGUCGGGAAGGAUCCCCUACCAGGGUGGUCUGUGAAGAGAGCAGCAGUUGAGAUAUUUCCUCGUCAGGAGGAUUCUGGCUGCAGAGGUACCUCUGUUGAUUCGGGACUGCGUCCAUAGAGGUACCCCUAGUUUUCCGGCUAGAAAGUUCGCCGCUUCCGGUCCUUGAAAGUACAGCUGGCCGCAGAGACAGCUGCCACAAGCAAAGGCAUCACACCGUUUUCCACAGACGACCGAGGACCAGGCAGACGACCUGGUCACCGCCUUGCGUGGCUGUGCCACAUCUGCAGACAGGGGACCAAGCGGCUGUGCUGUCAGGUGUCACCGUGUCUCUAUCCCCUGUCCCCACGUCCCCGUUACUCUCUGAAGUCGGUGAGCCAGUUAGUUCUACCGGGGCCUGGUGGAACCCGCCCCCCCCAUUAUCACCUACCCCCCCCAUUAUCACCUACCCUCCGUGAUGAUGUUGCAGUUAACCUGGGCAACGUACACACUGCCCCAUUUUUGCUUUUGUUGUUACUUUUUUUUUUUUUUUUUUU